AUGUCCCAGCUCAACACCCUGCAGGGUCCUGCAGGGUCCUCUCCGUUGAGUCCUGACCCCAACAAUUUUGUCUUGCAAUUUCCCACCGCAAAGAUACAAUCUCUCCACCAUCACCACCUUCCACAACAAACAGAUAUGGAGCGUUCUAAAGCCCGCCGACCUUUCAAGGAUCAAUAGUAAUUCUUCCCCAUCUAUUCCCACAUGUUGGGUAAGAGAGCUAUCGUUAACAAUCGAAUUAGUCUAAUCGCCUACAAUGCCGUCUCCGUUGUGCUCUGGUUUGGUGUUGCUGGCCGCACAAUUCUCCUGCUCCCGCUCGUCGGGCAUGAAAACGUCUACGCGGGUGUAGGAAACUACACAAAAUGGACGCAGACUUUGGCGAUCUUGGAAGUUUUCCACAUUCUUCUCGGUAAUCCCCCAUCCUCCAAUUCUGCCAGGACUCCAUGCAUAACUAACUCGAUCACCGAUAUACAGGUCUGCUACAAAGCUCCUUCUCAACCACCUUCCUGCAAGUCACCUCUCGAAUCCUCCUAGUAUGGGGUGUCUGCUACCCCUUCGAGGAGCCCAAAAAUUCGUUCUUUUACUCAACCAUGCUCCUUGCCUGGGGGAUCACUGAGACCUGCCGCUACAGCUACUAUGUGACCAGCAUCGUUGGCCGAACACCGGCAUUCUUGACCUGGUUGAGGUAUAACACUUUCUACCUCCUAUAUCCUAUGGGCGCUGGGAGUGAGGCACUUUGCAUCUACCGAGCUCUCAACGAGGCAAGGUCUUACAAUGAGAUUUUGUACUGGGCCUUUGUGGGAAUUUUGGUUACGUAUCCUCCCGGUAAAACCCCCCCCCUCAUGGAAUUGAAAAGAUUGGAGUGGGCAACGGGUUAACGAUGAAGUCAGGAUUGUAUAAUCAAUACGCUCAUAUGAUUAAGCAGCGGAGGAAGAAUAUUCGUGGAAAAAAGAGGGAGAAAUAAGCGGUGGAUGCAAGGAUGCAAGGCUUAUCUGUAGUGGGGGGAGAGGAUUUUGGGGAGGAGAAAAAGGUUCAUGUGAUGAAUAUUCGCAGGUCUCUCCACCCAUACUUGUUUCCAAAAAUUGUGAUACGAUAGGUCCCCACUGAAGAUCCUAUUCGUGGAUUGUCAUAUUUCAAAUAGGACGAUGACUACCCCUGUUAUUAUAUCAAUAAAUGGUGACAUGUCCA